AUGGAUCUCAGAUUGUCUGAAAACAGCCUCACAACCUUUCCCUUUGAAGAGAUGUAGAUUUCAAACAUUUUCUCUUUAUACCUUCGAAGGAACCAAUUGACAACUCUUCCCUCCAUAGUCUAUGACGUGCUUUCAUCUAUCUCUAGUGUAGAUAUCUACACCAACCCCUGGCAGUGUGACUGUAGGAUGGUUGACUUUAGACUAAAAAUGAGUGGGUCUUAUCCAUUUGAAGACCAGAUUACUUGUUCCCAACCCGACAGCCUCAAUGGUCUAAAGCUUAAAGAUGUCAGUCCUGAAGAUCUUGAGAUGUCAAACUGUGAGGAACCAACAAUUGUGAGGUUUGUGAGAGGUGACAACAUGACUUUGUAUCAUGGAGAGACUCUCCUUAUGGUCUGUGAAGCAUCGGGAAUUCCCACACCAGACAUCACAAUCACUCUCCCAUCUGGGGUGAAUGCUACUGUUGACUCCGUUGGAAGAGUGAAUGUUUAUGUGAAUGGUACAGUGACCGUAAGAAAUGUUACAGCAGCGGAUGCUGGCCUAUACACUUGUAAUGCAGAAAAUUUAGCCAACUUCACUUCUGCAUCUGCCACCCUGGUUGUAGACUUACAUGCAGUGCCCACAACUGUUUUACCACCAGUGGUGACGUCGCCUCUUGAUCGCAGUUUCACCCUACCUGUCCUCCUUGGCAGUACCUUUGGUUCAGUAGCCGGCGCUCUCCUCAUUGUUGCCAUUAUUCUCACAAUCUGGUGCAGAAGAAGCAGCAACCAGGGUCCUCCCGAAGGCCCAGGCGUUAGUGAUGUUCUUGCUGCGGACACCGAUGAUCAGGAGCAGGAUCUCACAGGGCAAACUCAGGCCCAACCUAUCAGUCCACCCUCAAAUGUGGAAAUGGCUGAGUAUCCACUAUCCAGAGAGAGCUUGGUCUGA